AUGAAGCCAGAUGCAAACAAGCUGGAUAUGUCCCAGUGGGAACGGUUGGAUCAGGUGGUGAAGGAAACGCGCAACUUCCUCGCAGAGUACGACGACAUCGUGCUGCACAAAGAACUGUACCGCACAUUAUUCCUAUAUCACCUGACUACUCUACGUGAUGAGGUGAUUCUGUUGUUGAAAAAGUUUACCACCCUGCCGAAGGGCGUCCAAGAGGAAAAGGAGAUCGAGUGCUGUGGUGAAAUGUACAACGACAAGGAUGCAUUUAAGCAGCACUAUGAGACUGUCCACAACAAAAAAGUUCACCAAUCGGCUUCUUUGUGCGAGCUAAAAAUGUCUCUUGCUAAAAUUACAUUCUUCGAACGGCAUAUGAAGGACUAUUUGUUGGACGGACAAGAAUCUAGCUGUGAGCUUUUGCUAAACUUGCGAAGGAUAUUGAGGCGGUUGGAUCAUACGCUGGAAUUUUAA